AUGCGGCCUGAAAACAUGACCACUCACGUAGAGAGUAACUAUGAUAGAAACUUGGAUGAUGUAAUAACACAACUCCUCGAUGCUAGAGCGAAUUUCGUCACGUCACUGACUUUGAGUUUACUCCCGCACUAUCUUUAUUUGAUCUACUGCGUGUCAAUUUAUAUCAUGGAUGGCUCCCUGAUCCCCAGAAAGGCUGUUGGAGAUUUAACCUACAAUCAGCUUGUGGAACAAAUUUGUGACGAAUCAAACUACAAUCGAUUGUUACUGCAAGAGUUUUUGGAAGAAAAUGUCACGCAACUGACUUAUCAUGGAUUAAUUGGUCUCAUGGAGGCAAUGCAAGAUGGCGAACUAGCCGUGUUAUUUCGAAAUAACCACUUCCAUACGAUACAUAAAAGAAAGGAUCUACUUUACUUACUCGUGUCCGACAGUGGCUACGUUAACGAGCCAUCCAUUGUUUGGGAGUCCUUCAAUAAUGUUGACGGAAGUUCGAUUUUCUUCGCAAGUGACUUCACUGUUGGCUCUCCUCGCACCAGUAGUGCUACAAAUGAAUCCCAGGGACCCAAGAGAUGCAAGCUUGCGAGGAAGAACUGGCUAGACAAGAAGCUGAAAAAGCUGCCGCUCAAAAAGCUGCAGCACAAGCUCAGCGUUAUCCUUCUCCUACAGAGGAAAGACGCUCCAGUUAUGAGAGAGCCACACACAGAAAUAGCAGACCGGUUACUGCAAAUACAGGGUCCAAAGACAAAAAGUGCACAAUCUCGUGAACACACACAUUGCCUAACGCAUUCACACUGCUGCACCCAAUAUCCGGUACGUCGGAGGUACUUAUGCCAAGAGAUACAUCAGGUCCAAGCCGAAAUAUUUGUCGAUAUUUUGCCAGUGGUUGUUGUACUCAGGGUGAUCAGUGCACUUACUCAUCAUGACAGGAAUAUGGUCCGCAUAUCUCGUCUGCUAGUAUGUAUCAACGGCAGUUGCUCCUAUGGUACAGCCUGCAGAUAUGACCACGUUCGUCCUAAGAAGGACGCCGGAGCUGAUGCGGCAAACGGCACCGUAUCAGCCCCGAAACCAUCAUCCAUACCCAAACCUGUGAAAUUGCCAAAGCCUGGUCUAAAUACAGAUGCUGCUGAAUUCAUCCCAUCUUGGAAACGUUCUGCGCCUGGAAUAUCAUAUGCUGCAGCAGCAGGUGCGAUUGAAAGUGAGGGCGCUUUGCUACCGCUGUGCCCGUAUUUCGAAGUGGGAGAGUGCACUAACGAACAAUGCCAAUUUGUGCAUGGUCUUGUUUGUGAUAUGUGCUCUCGUGCAUGCAUCCAUCCGUACGAUGAGAAGCAACAAAAGCAGCACUUUGCAGAAUGUUUAAAGCAGCAUGAGCUAGCCAUGGAACAAGCAUUUGCUGAAGCAAAGAGUAUAGGAAAAUGCUGUGGGAUUUGUAUGGAAAACAUCAUGGAAAAGGCACUCCGUUUUGGAAUACUGGAAGGAUGUCGUCAUUGUUUUUGUUUGGACUGCAUUCGAGAGUGGAGACGGAAUCAAACCUUCGAGACUGAUGUUGUUCGAUCAUGUCCUGAAUGCCGCCAACAUAGCAAUUUCGUGAUUCCGUCAACACUUUGGGGGUUGAAGAUGACGAGGAGAAGCGUAUAUUGUGCGAAGUGUACCGCAAUAACAUGUCACAGAAACAGUGCAAAUAUUAUAAGAGACGAGUCUUUCUCACGAAUACAAAAAGCAGUCCGUGAAUAUAUUGUAUGUGCGAACGAUUGCUAUGAUUAUCGCCUCCUCUCUCAAAUAAAGGGACAGUUGGCUAUGAUAUUCAGUGAGAAAGACGAGACGAAGACCGAUUCAGGAGUAGUCAUGGAGCUGAUCACAGCAGAUGAUUUCGAAUGGCUGAGUCAUCUCAUUAAUGUGUAUCAAAUGGAUCAGAACGAAAGUGUCCGCUUGGAAGGGCUGUGUUGUAUCUCAUCUUUGGUCGACGCUUGCCAUAGUCUUAUUCCCUUCCUCCUCAAUUCACGGCUUCCAGAAGUAUUGGCUUUGGAAUUUCAAACCGUUGAUUCUACGCUGACGGAUUUGCAUUUAAUCGCCCUAAAACUACUCACGAAGAUUUAUUCAACUGACAGACCGCCUCCCCUCAACCACUUCGAGUUCUUCGAUUGGAAUUUCUUCAUGAAGAUUAUUGGACAUCUGAAGGAGCAUCCGUCCGAGAUACUUGACUACAUGGUUAACUUUAGCUAUCUUAUCCCAGAAGGCAUUGAUAAUGCGGUGGUACUCGCUCUUGGAUCUACCCUUAAUCGCCGGCUCAAGUUCUUCAUAGACAUUGUUGAACAUGGUGCUUUGUACAAAGAAUUAUUUUAUGAAAACGAUCUCGACGUCUUGUCGCAUGUAGUUGCAAGAGAACUUGGGAAUUCUGAAGUUGCACAAGUUCGUUCUCGUUGCAUGGAGUGUAUUGCCGAUGGCAGAAAUAGGUCACUGUGA